GUCCAAAUUUCAAUGAUUUUCUGAAUAUUAGAAAUAACAUUUUAAAACACAACAAAAUUUUGCAUCUACCCCAUAACCAAUGUUCCCUUACCAUAUGAAGGAAGAAGAACCAUGCUGUUACCUUCACAUAUACAUUCCAACCAAAUGGUUAAAAAACGAAAACAGAGAGAGAGAGAGAAAGAAAACAAUCUUGCUAUUUUACUUCUUUUCAAGACUUUUGCCAUUAUGCUACCACGACCAAUUUUCAAAUCUGUGUUAAACUUUCUUGAUUUUCUUUUAUGUAAGUGCCGUGGUUGUCUGCUUGCUUGAAUUAUUUCCAACCUUUGACGACGAAUCUUAGGAUCAACCCAGCCCUUUCCCCAUUUGUGAGAAAGUAGAAAAGGAUAUGGUUUUUUCUCAAGGAGAGAAAAAUCUCUACUUCAAGGUAAACAUAGAAAACCUGAUCCCUUUCAUACUACAGAAAAUCGAGUCCCUUUUUAGUUGGCUCUGAGAAUUUUAUCUGAACAUGGAUCUGCAUGAGAUAAUGCAAUUAAAACAAUAAACCAAAAUUGUCAGGAUGAAAAUGUUAACGUCCAAAUAUAUGGAACUGCAUGAACAAGAGAUAGAAUUUUGAGAUCCAAAACAUGCUAAUAACUGCAAUAACUGUUUUCAUAUGUAUUAUUACAUCUACAAAGUCACAAUAUAGCAUGAUUGUGGUUUAAGUUAUGUAUUGUUCAGAGGACUCAUUCAGGUUUUUGGUCCAGUUGUACUCUUAAAAGUUGAAACCAAUACUAAACAAGAAAACUGCUUCCAACACUAUCAAUACCUUGCCACCAGAGCAGAUCAGUGGUUAGAUAUUUUUGGGACUGCUUGUGGCAAUCACAUAAUAUCCAUCAAAUAGCAUGUGAGAUUUCUUGUUACAUAUCCUAAAGCAACGUAUGUUUAUAUAAAAUGCAUGUGCACUUGAAAGAGAGAGAUCAUCUACUCUCUUAUUUUACUAACAAACAUUUGGAUGUUCUACAUGUGCUUUUGUCUUUUAGAAAAUUACAAGAAUUAAUAACACUACUGGUA